AAAAAAUCAUGGACGUCCUUCAUGCAGUUCGCACGUAUACAACCAGGAUGGUUUCUACACCGUCGGCCAUCAAAGUUCUGUUAUUGGACACGCACACAACGCCAAUUGUCUCGCUGGCGGCAACGCAAACUGACCUGCUUACGCAUCAGGUAUAUCUCACUGACCGCGUGGACAACUUAAGACGUGACAGGAUGCCACACCUGAAAUGUGUAUGUUUUGUCUCCCCAAGCGAGGAGAGCUUGGAGGCAUUAUGCGCAGAGUUGAACGAACCAAAAUAUGGAGAAUACUAUCUUUACUUCAGUAACGUACUCUCCAAAUCAUUCAUCGAGCGACUAGCAACCGCCGAUUCCUAUGAGCUCGUUCGAGAAGUCCAAGAGUUCUUUGCCGACUACUCCCCUGUCCUCCCCCACAUGUUCUCGCUGAACCAUGUCCCAUCAAUAUCUUCUCCACUCCUUGGUUCAACGCUGUCAAACUGGGACGCCGACGCCCUUGGUAGGAGCGUGCGGGGGAUUUGUGCUGUUCUUCUGAGCCUUAAGAAGAAACCAUUGAUACGUUACGAAAGAAUAAGUCCUUUGGCGAAGAAACUGGGGCUGGAAGUCAAGAAAUUCAUCGAGGACAACACAUCUCUUUUUGACUUUCGCCCGACAGCGACAGCGCCCUUACUUAUUAUACUCGAUCGCUUGAAUGAUCCGGUUACGCCUCUUUUAUCUCAAUGGACCUAUCAGGCGAUGGUGCAUGAACUUCUAGGCAUUGUUAAUGGUCGUGUAGACCUCUCAACAGUUCCCGAUAUCUCAAAGGAUUUGCGAGAGAUCACUCUCUCUCCGCAAACGGACCCCUUCUACCGGGAUCAUCUUUUGUCUAAUUUCGGGGACUUGGGCGAAGCGUUAAAGGAAUAUGUAACAACAUACAAGACAUCCUCAGCCUCGACUCAGGAGAUUUCUUCUGUUGCAGACAUGAAACGCUUCGUCGAGUCAUAUCCAGAGAUCCGGAAAUUAGGAGGAAAUGUCAGCAAGCACGUAGCCCUAGUGGGCGAGCUCAGUCGCUUAGUAGGGAGAGACUCGCUGCUCGAAGUUAGCGAGAUCGAACAAGGUUUAGCAGCUGGCACAAGCUCUGGACUUGGUGGUGGUCUUAACGCGGAUUUGCGUGUUGUGAAGAAGCUGGUGGAGGAUCCAAAGAUACCCGGAUUCAAUAAACUCAGAGUCUGUAUGAUAUUUGCUCUGAGGCACCAGCGCUCGGCUGGAGGAGUGGCCGCAGUUAAGGAGCUAGUCGAAUUGCUUGUACGCUCGGGUGUUGACGAGAAAGAAGUAAAGCUUGUGCACUUGCUUCUCCACGUUGCUGGUGCUGAUAAGCGCCAAGGCGACUUAUUCUCAAAUGAGAACAUUUUUGCCAGGGGUCGGAGCGCCUUGAAGGGGUUGCAGGGGGUUGAGAAUGUGUAUACCCAACAUACCCCUCAUUUUGUGCGGAUGAUAGAGCAGCUUGUUAAAGGGAAACUUAAAGACUUCGAGUGCCCGUUUGUUGAUCCACCGGCUGGUUUCUCUCUAGCUAGCGGCCCGUCUGCUGCUCAGUCAUCUGGAGCCUCCCCUCCAUCGGGGCUUCUGAAUAGGCCGCAGGACGUCAUAAUAUUCUUCGUUGGGGGGACAACCUAUGAAGAGGCUCGGGCUGUGGCAAAGUUGAACGCAGAUGCCAGUGCUGCUGGACAGGUGCCAGGUGGCUCUGCAGCUACCGGUUCGGGUAUGAGAAUUCUUCUGGGGGGCACAUGCGUGCACAAUUCCUCGAGCUUCCUUCAUUUCCUCCAAUCAUCGAUCCCCACUCUGCCUUCAAACAUUGAUAUCGGAACCAUGCCUAUAUCCAGCCCAAGUCCUACACCUUCAAACCAGGCAGCAGGGCCCACAAAUUCGACGUCUUUGGCGUCGCCCGGCCUUGCACUUCAGCUCGGAAAUAUCCAGUUGAGUGUAGGCGGUCCAGCAGGGACAGGGGUAUACCGCACCGCCGAACGGGAAGGAGCGCCUCUUGUUGCAGUUCAAGCCGAAGGUUUACGAGAUGGGGUUGAGGGUAUAAGGGAUGGAGUGAGAAAUUUAUUCGGGAAAGUACGAGAAGGUGUCGAGCGGGGACUGGGUUCUCAAGGUUCUGCAGCAUGAUCUAGUGUAUUCGAGACGUAACACCAAUACAAUGUUUCCC